AGAAGUUACUAGUUGCUACAAAUUUUAAAGUAUUUUGGAAUAAAUUCACUGAAAAUUUACAAAUGUAUACUUGUUUUAGGUGCAACUAAUUGCAGGCCUCAUUUGGUUUGCUCGUGGAGUGAGAAUAAUCUAGUAUCUGCUUUCGCAAGACAGUGUUUAAUAUCUCAAUAAUUUUUUGGCGCGAAAGUUUCUCUUUUAUCUAAAUAAAGUUGAAACGGCUGCAAUAAAUAGCUAAAAAUGAAUAACAAACAAUAUAAGGGUCCUCCGCCCAAAAGGUUCAAAUCCAACGACGAUAACGAUGAAAAUGAAAUGCCGAGCAGUUUUGAAGAACAACUUGCAAGUAUGGAAUGUGAAUUUGAUUCGCCUGAAGUUUUCGGUGAAGGACCUGACAAUCAAACGACAGAUGUAAAAUGGUCGCGACCUAAUCCGCCUGAAAUGAAUCCGAAAACAACUUCGCUAGCUUUUCAGCAGCUAGAUAUCGACCAUUAUAAUGGGCAACCAUUUCAAGGCAUGCCUGGUUCUCAGAUUGGGCCUGUUCCUAUUAUGCGAAUGUAUGGAGUCACUAUGGAUGGAAAUUCCGUAUGUUGUCACGUUCAUGGUUUCACACCAUAUUUUUAUGUUACUGUGCCCUCAGAUUUUACUGAAAGUUCAUGUUUUAAUUUAAAAUCGAAGCUAAACACAGCAAUCUUAGAGGAUUUGCGUUCUAACAAAGAUAACAUCAAAGAAACUGUAUUAGAGAUAAGACUAGUCAAAGCAAAGUCCAUUAUGUACUACAAGGGAGACACUGAGAUUACAUUUGCUAGAAUUUCAGUUGCAUUACCAAAAUUAAUUGCUCCUGCUAAACGUCUUAUUGACAAGCAACCUACAUUGUUUGGCUUAAUGGACCCUACUUUUUAUGAAACCAAUAUUGAUUAUGAUAUUCGGUUCAUGGUUGAUACCUCUGUAGUUGGAUGUAGCUGGAUAGAGUUGCCAGCCGGAAAAUGGUUGUUGAGAUCAAAGAAUAGCUUUAUAAAACCUGAGUCAAGGUGUCAAAUUGAAGUUGAUGUUGCAUGGAACAACUUUAUUGCUCAUCAACCUGAGGGAGAGUGGUUGAAAGUGGCACCUUUUAGAAUAUUGAGUUUUGAUAUUGAAUGUGCUGGUAGAAAAGGAGUAUUUCCUGAACCAGACAAAGAUCCGGUUAUUCAAAUUGCUUCUAUGGUCAUAAGACAGGGAGAAACAGAACCCUAUUUGAGAAAUGUUUUUACUUUAAAUACCUGCGCACCAAUUGUUGGCUCUCAAGUGUUGAGCUUCCAGUCUGAAUCAGAGAUGCUUUCUAAGUGGUCAGAUUUUUUCAGAGAGUUGGAUCCGGAUAUUAUAACUGGUUACAAUAUUAGUAAUUUUGACUGGCCCUAUUUGAUAAACCGUGCUAAGCAUUUAAAAGUUGAUAAUUUUGAUUUCCUAAGUAGAAUUAGAAAUAUAAGAUCAGUUAUUAAAGAUUCAAUUUUACAAUCUAAACAAAUGGGACGCAGAGAAAACAAGAGCAUAAACUUUGAAGGUAGAGUUCCAUUUGACUUACUACUUGUAUUAGUCAGGGAAUAUAAACUUAGAUCCUACACUUUAAAUGCAGUGAGUUAUCAUUUUCUUCAAGAGCAAAAGGAAGAUGUUCAUCAUAGCAUAAUAAGUGACUUACAAAAUGAAAAUGAACAAACCAGGAGAAGAUUGGCCAUGUACUGUUUAAAAGAUGCAUAUUUGCCAUUGAAAUUGCUUAACAAAUUAAUGUGUAUUAUUAACUACAUGGAAAUGGCAAGAGUCACCGGAGUGCCUUUACUGUGCUUAUUAACAAGAGGACAGCAAAUUAAAGUUGUCAGUCAACUGCUUCGUAAAGCAAAAGAUGCUGGAUAUUUAAUGCCGGCCUAUCAAGGCCAAGGUUCUGAUGACCAGUUUGAGGGAGCUACUGUUAUUGAGCCAAAAAGAGGAUACUAUGCUGAUCCAAUAUCAACACUAGAUUUUGCUUCUCUGUAUCCUAGUAUAAUGAUGGCACAUAAUCUAUGCUAUACUACCCUUGUACACCCAAAUAUGCAUAAAGAUAUUAAAGUUAAUCCAGAAAAUUUAACUACCACUCCCACUAAAAAUGUGUUUGUUAAAUCUAAUAUAAGGAAAGGUCUUCUUCCAGAAAUCUUGGAGUCUUUGCUUUCUGCAAGAAAACAAGCUAAAGCAGAUUUAAAAAAUGAAAAGGAUCCAUUUAAAAGAUCUGUGUUGGAUGGCCGUCAGUUAGCUCUCAAAAUAAGUGCUAACUCUGUAUAUGGUUUCACAGGAGCACAAGUAGGCAAAUUACCAUGUUUAGAAAUAUCUGGAAGUGUGACUGCCUAUGGUAGAACAAUGAUUGAAUUUACCAAAUCUGAAGUAGAAAAAAAAUACACAAAAGCAAAUGGUUACAAAGAAGAUGCUGUUGUUAUAUAUGGAGACACAGACUCUGUUAUGGUAAAGUUUGGAGUGAAAACUCUAGAGGAAAGUAUGGAACUAGGAAAAGAAGCAGCAGACUUUGUAACAUCCAAAUUUGUCAAGCCAAUUAAACUAGAAUUCGAAAAAGUCUAUUAUCCAUACCUUUUAAUUAAUAAAAAGAGAUAUGCUGGAUUAUAUUUUACGAAACCAGAUAAAUAUGAUAAAAUGGAUUGCAAAGGAAUAGAAACUGUUAGAAGAGACAACUGUCCACUUGUUUCAAACAUGAUGAGCACAUGUCUUCAAAAGUUAUUAAUUGACAGAGAUCCAGAUGGAGCAGUAAAUUAUGCAAAACAAAUAAUAGCAGACUUAUUAUGCAAUCGCAUUGACAUUUCUCAGCUUGUGGUAACUAAAGAGCUCACCAAAAAUGACUAUGCUGCUAAACAAGCUCAUGUUGAAUUGGCAAAAAGGAUGAAAAAACGAGAUGCCGGUACAGCUCCAAAACUUGGUGAUAGAGUACCCUAUGUUUUAACUUGUGCUGCUAAAAAUACACCAGCUUAUAUGAAGGCAGAAGAUCCUAUCUAUGUGUUAGAGAAUAGUGUUCCAAUAGAUUUCAAUUAUUACUUAGAAAAUCAACUAUCCAAACCUCUACUUAGAAUUUUUGAACCAAUACUCGGUGACAAGGCCGAAUCUUUGCUGCUCAAAGGGGAACAUACUAGGACAAAAGCAAUGGUGACAUCGAAAGUUGGCGCUCUGGCUGCUUUUACAAAAAAGAAAGAAAAAUGUAUCGGUUGCAAAACUGUUAUGCCUAAUGAUACUAAAAAAGCAUUGUGUAAUCAUUGUUUGGAUAAGGAAGGCCAAUUGUAUAUAACAGAGAUAUUUAAGUUGAGACAUCUGCAGGACAAAUUUUCUAAGCUUUGGACUGAGUGUCAAAGAUGCCAGGGGAGCUUACAUGAGGAAGUUUUAUGCACGAACAGGGAUUGCACUAUAUUUUAUAUGAGAAAGAAAGUUGGUAUGGAAUUGGAUACUCAAGAAAAAACUGUUUUAAGAUUUGGUGAACCAAUAUGGUAAUACUAAUCUACUUGGCUGUUAUAAAAUAAAAGCGAAUAUUUUUUA